UGGAAGACGCUAGGAGACGGUGGGAGGCAGCAGAUAGGCUAACGGGUAUCAUGCUAGCAGGCUAAUAGGAUCUCCAGCGAUCUUAAAUAUUUAAAGCAGUCGUUCACGUUAAAUAUUAAACAUUACGCUCGGCGGUUGAUUCGCGGUUACCGCCCCCCUCCGUUUGUCGGAGUGAGAGCAAGCAUGGCAGCAGCGGUGUCCUGCUAGUCGCGUCUCGUUAGCAGCUUAGCACGCUAUCUGGCGAGCUAAUCAGAAUUUUAUACCAAUCACAGUUUCUCCCAGAGCACCGGUCUCGGCGAGGCCGCUCGACAGUGGACGAGCCUGGCUCCAGGGGUAAAACGAGGGCUGCGGCUGACUACCGGGAUGGAUGUGAGUUAACAGCUGGAGUACUGGGACGGUGUGGCCCAGAUCUGUGGAUCUCUGUGGUUUCCCCCAAGAGCAGCCCCCUCCCCUGGGACAAGGGGGACGGCAAAGCUUCACGCCGCUGCUCAGGCCCGGGCUCCGGGAUGAGAUGAGGCUCCGGUACCGGUUAACCAGGUGGGCUGCCCUUUCGUACAGCAGGAGGUCCGGUGGUGAGCUCAAACUCAUUGAUCAUGAAGCGGCUCUUUAUGCAGCUUCAGCCUGCGGCUACUCUCUCGCUCAUGUGAUGGAGACCAUGCUCUGUGCCUGACAACAAACGGCAGCUCUUUGAUGCUGGAUGCGCGUUCGGGAUGGACGUGUGCUGUAGGAACCCGAACCGGACGGCGCCGGUCGGUGAGGACGGCCCACGACGAGCUGACAUGCCGCUCUGCUCUCGGACCAACGGUUGGAGUUGGCCUCCGCACCCCUUUCAGCUGCUCGCCUGGCUGCUCUACAUCUACUUCGCCGUCACCGGGUUCGGCAUAUUCGUCCCUCUGCUGCCUGCACACUGGAUCCCUGCGGGCUACAUCUGUACGGGCAUCAUGUUUGUGUGUCACCUGUUUGUCCACGUCAUGGCCGUGUCCAUCGACCCGGCCGACUACAACGUCAGAACGAAGAGCGUCCGAGGCCCGGUCCCCGUGUUCGACCGCUCCAAACACGCGCACGUCAUCGAGAACUGCCACUGCUACCUGUGCCAGGUUGAUGUGGGACCGAAGUCGAAACAUUGUAGCGCCUGUAACAAGUGCGUGGCGAACUUUGACCAUCAUUGUCGGUGGCUCAACAACUGCGUGGGAAGCAGGAACUAUAAGUUGUUCCUCCACAGUGUGAUCUCAGCUCUUUUGGGAGUUUGUCUCAUUCUUGUUGUUGCCUCCUACGUCUUCGUCGAGUUCUUUCUGGACCCCACUAAACUCCGCACCGACAAACACUUCCUGGUGAGGAAUGAGACAGGUGUGUGGUUCGUCUUCCUGCCCGUCGCGCCUCUCAGGUCAGCUGCACCGGUGAUUCCCGUCCUGGCUGCCAUCACAAUCGCUCUGGGUCUUCUGUCCUGCGUGUUGCUCUGCCACUUGCUUUGUUUCCACAUCUACCUGAUGUGGAACAGGCUCAGUACGUACGAGUACAUAGUGAGGCAGCGCCACCGUGUGGACAACAGAGACUUGAGGAAACCGGGAUCUGUGAAAGAGACGGCAGCUCCUUCAGUCCUCAAGGAUGUGAACUACUCAGGGACUCUGGGUUACACCAACCCUCAGCUGGACGUGCAGGAACCUACUGCCGUGGCCGUGCGAGGAGAGGCAGAGUUCCUGGCUAAUGGUAGAGUGAGGACUGUGUCCAGUCCUGUCAUGGAGGAAGAAGCUCCGCCCACUGUCUCUUCAGAGAUGAAAGCCAUAGCGGCACACACACAUCGACACACACAGAAGAAAAAGAAGAAGAAGGUACGUAAAGUCCCAGCAGAGGUGACCAGAGAGCGCUGCCCGGCCACAGCCCCGCCUCCCGCAGAGCCCAGCAAUGUGCCCACUGUGUCCUUGGGUCAACGGCUUCCUUUCCCAGCAUUUCCCCUGAGGGCCACACUGCCCCCCCUGGCCCCCACUUCAGGCCCUGUCCAGGCUGCCGCCCCUCCUGCCGAGUACCACUCAGAUUCUGCUGAGUCUCUAGAGGAGAUCCCGGUGGCGUUGGCCAAACUUGGCUCUUCGGCCUCUGCUGCUACGGCAGACGCGUCUUCACACAGGCCUGUCCCGGCAUUCCCUCUGCCCUCACCACAGCCCAGGACUAAAAGGAAGGGUGCCUCCUCCCGCGCUAAGAACGCGGCGGAGCUGAGGUUCGAGAUGGCCACCACGCACCCUCCCUCAGUGUUCGUCAGCCGGGCCAGCGGAGAGGCCCCUGAGCCCCUAGAGGAAGUCCUCAGCCUGGGCAGGAGGAAGACUGGACCGAGGCCCAGACCCGGGUCCAGACCAGCGUCUCGGGCAUCGCUGGGCUCAGGCGCUCCCUCUUGGAUGGAGCAGUAAUCAGAGCAGACUGCUACUCUUUAUCUUUUUACAAUCACUUACUGGCACAACUAUUUUACUUUUAUUCUGAAGGUCUGUGAAGGUUCUCAUUCAUCCAGGUCAUCGUAGUCAAAGGAGUUUGCAAAGAAAAACGUCUGGACUUCUUUAAGUUGCUUGAAGACGUUUCACCUCUCAUCCGAGAAGCUUCUUCAGUUCUAAGGUCAAAUGGCCGAGAGUCCCAGAUUUAAACCCAAUAUAAACCCUUUAUUCUGAAGGGUUUAUAUUGCUCUAUUUAUUGAGUUGCUUUAAUUUUGAAAGCCAAAGCUGACUUCCUGUUUAUGUCUCGGUAAAUGAAGUGUUUGUGGAUGUUUGCGUGUCUGUUCCUGUGGAGACUUUAUGGACACCUCCCUGUUGUUUUUUACUGUUUCCUGUCAAUCGGUCCUCUACUGCUUAACCUGGUCUCCAUGGUAACUCUGGGCCACAGAGACACCAGGUGCUUAAGACUUUAAAUUUAAAUCCCCAAAAGGCCAAUAAUGAGUCAAUGAAGUCAUAAGGAAAUGAUCAGAUAAGUAACACUAAGCCAGAAAAUGAAGCUCAAAGCCUCAGCAAUUAAAUCUUAUUAUGUUAAAUCUGUAAUUUGGAUUUUCUGACACUCGUUGUCAUUUUUCAGCCAAUCACAAACGCUUUCAAUGUCUGCUGUUUGUGUAGCUUCCAGCGGCUGCUACACUGCAAACUGCAACACCAGUUGGAUCCUUUUAAAGCAUUUAGUUCAUUCCAGACAUCGAACAUCCGAAUUGGUGAUCUUUAGUUUUCUUAACUGGAAGCUAACAGGCUGUUGCUGCAUAGUUGGUGUGCAGCGUGAGGGUGGGAUCAGAGAAAAUGUCACCACGUAACUCUUUCAGCCAUCAUGUCUGAAUGAAGCAGCAUAAAGUCAUGAAAGCUUAGAACGGCUCUUUCUAAACAGGAAUCAAGUUUUUCAGUAAAUGUUGAACCGCUCCUUUAAAGGUUUCAUUUUGAACCGCUCCUCCUGUAGUCUGUGUGCAGCCGGACAUGCUGAGGAUGCUUCACCUGUCAGCUGAUUUAACAAUAAAGAAUGAAAGCUGGUGCAUUUGUUAGACGUUUAUAUCCAGAUGCUGGUCCGGAGAUUUAAUUCUUCUUCAUUUGCUGCACUUUCAGCUGUUUCAUUCCUGAAGAGUCAUGACAGCAACUGGAUUUUCAGUUCAGAGCCACAGUAAUUAGUUGAUUAAGAAGCCUAAAAUCAAUCAAUUAAUUAAUAAAAAUCUUCUGUAGCCUUAUCAACACAUGUGAGUAAGAUAAAGCAUUAAGCUACAUAUUUUGGUUUUGUAUAUGUAAAUGAGUAAUCCACCCACAUAAAACAAGAAAUGAAAUGCAAAUGAAGAUUUAAGCCUGUAUCCUGCUACUAAAACAUGUAUAUAAAAGAUGGGCACACACCAUGACAUCACUCUGUUCUGUGAACCUUUUUCUCACCGUUUUAAGCUUUGAUUUGAGCUUUUUUGUGAUUGCUGUCUUUUUUAUUUGGAGUCACAAGUGACCAAAAAUGUUAAAUAAAUUUGAAAUAACAUGUCAUUUCAAACUUA